AUGUGGAAGGUUGGCGCUUCUCUCGAGCCGCGCAAGCAGGCGCUCUUGAAGCUCCCGUGGAUGACCGAGGACCGGCUGCAGCGGGUGCUCCGGCGCGAUCCGUUCGCGAUCUACCGCUCGCCCGACACGUUCGACUACAGCUGGCGCGGCCUCGCCCUCGUCCUCCCGCACGGCGUCAAUCGCAGCAAGCUGGUGGACGCGUUCCCAGAACUGCUCUCGCUGGGGCCGGAGGAGGUCGCGAACCGCCUGGUCAAGAUCAGGGCGCUCCUGGGGACGCCGUGGGACGACGCGGGCGACGCGGAGCUCGCGCGAGCGAUCCGGAAGAGCCCCGACGUGCUGUUGGCGAAGCAGGAGACAGUGGACGCGAAGGCGCGCGUGCUGCGGCGCUCGAUGGAGCAGUGGGGGCUGCAGGCGGAGCAGUCUGGCGACGAGUCCGACGGCGACCCGACGCCGCUCACGCCGGCCUCGGCGGUGGUCUUUGGCGCGCUGCGCAGCGUCCCGUGGGCCGUGGGGCGGCGGCGGGUGCGCCCGGAGAUGCGGAUGCUGGUCGAGGCGUGCGACCGCAGCAGCCGCUGGCUGAUGUGGCUCCGCGCCGAGCGGAACGGCGCGCAGUUCCGCCGCAUGCUCAACCAGCCAUGGCGCAUUGCCGCGCUGUCGCUGGUGGCGCGCCGGGCGUCCGACGGAUCCGACCCGGACCUCAUGUUCCUCCUGACGGACUUCGACCCCGACGUGGUGUUCUGGGCGAGCUUCUUCGCGCCGCAGCUGGUGCCGCGCAGGCACCUGUUUGGCCCCGGGGGGCGCCUGGAGGAGGAGACCGGACGCGACGCGGCGGGGUUCUUGCGGGCCGUGGGGCGCGAGGCGCUCGCGCUGGCCGCGGAGACGUGGCCGGAGAAGGACUGGCCGGACCCUGACGCUGCCGAGGCGUCCGUGGCGGACCGGGCGACGCGGAUCAGGGCGGGGGUGUUUGCCAUGCGUCGGCGGCGGCGCAUCGAGGGGCGAACGGACACGGACGGGGCGAGCGGACCUAGACCCAUGAUGGGCGAGGGGGUGCCGGGCGUAGGGCCAGGCAUGCUGAGGCGCCGGCGAGCCGCGCGGCAGAGUCGGCAGGGCAGGUCUGCGCAGGUGCAGUCAGAAGCCGCCCAGGCGCCGGUGGACGCGAUCGGCGCGACGGCUGUCUGA